AUGUUGUUUUGUAAAGAGAAGACCGGGUCAGUCUUAUUUCAGACGUACGGCAAUCUUCCCGAGGCCCUGAAGACUCAAGAGCUUGCCGAUCGCUUUAUUCAGCUCCUCUUUUUCAGAGGGAUGUUCGCUGGGAACCGGAGCAAGGGUCGAUCGCUCCAGCCGACCCUUAGCCUCGCAUACGCCAACCUGGAAACCAAGCGGCCUUUCGGGAGCCACCCCGGGGGCCGAAGCAGAAAGCCUCGUGUCACAUCACACCCUCCCCGCACCACCGGCUUCUGCUUCCCUGCGGGAAGCGCGGCCGCCGCCCGGGGGGACGGGCAGACCCUGAACGCACCUCCCGCCCAGGCCUCCACGGCCGUGUGGGGCCGGGAUCCUGAAGGAGGGGGCGAGGCGCGGGAGCGCUGCCGGGGCCUCUCCAGAGAGCCCUCGCCGGGGCUGGGGCCGCGCUCUGCUGGCCGGCAGCCCGCUGGGUGCAGCCGCCGUCGGGAGAGCGGCCGCCAAGUUGCAGCUCUUCUCUUCCAAACAGCCAAAGAUGCUGGUCUGGAGUACGACUGUGUGUGCGGCGUUCCUUACACAGCACUGCCGUUGGCCACAAUUAUCUGCUCGGAAAAUCAGAUUCCGAUGCUUAUACGGAGGAAGGAAGCAAAAGACUACGGUACUAAGCGGCUGGUAGAAGGCACCAUUAAUCCAGGAGAAACAUGCUUGAUCAUUGAAGAUGUUGUAACAAGUGGAUCUAGUGUACUGGAAACUGCGGAAGUUCUUCAGAAAGAAGGAUUAAAAGUCACGGAUGCCAUAGUGUUGUUGGACAGGGAGCAGGGCGGGAAGGCCAGGUUAGAGGAACAUGGAAUUCGCCUGCACUCUGUGUGCACGUUGUCCGGGGUGUUGGAGAUUCUCCAGCAGCAGGGAGAAGUGGCUGUUGAGAUGGUUGAAAAGGUGAAGAAAUUCAUUCAGGGAAAUGUGUUUGAGCCAGUGGCUCAGAACGGUCCUGCUCCUGUCAAGAGACUAUGUAAAGAGCUGAGCUUCAGUGCUCGUGCCGAGCUGCCGGGGGUACAUCCUAUUGCAGCCAGGCUUCUCGUGCUCAUGGAAAAGAAGCGAACUAACUUGUGCUUUUCUGCUGAUGUUACCAGCUCCAAAGAGCUGCUGCAGUUAGCUGCCAUCCUGGGCCCCAGCAUUUGUAUUCUGAAGACUCACAUAGACAUCCUGAAUGAUUUCACCCAGGAGGUAGUAAAGGAGCUGAGAACGCUCGCAGAUCAACAUGAAUUCCUGAUUUUUGAAGACAGGAAGUUUGCAGACAUUGGAAACACAGUGAAACAUCAAUAUGAAGGUGGUGUGUUCAGAAUCGCGUCCUGGUCAGACAUUGUUAAUGCCCACGUGGUUCCAGGCUCUGGAGUUGUGAAAGGUCUGAAGGAAGUCGGUCUUCCUCUCCAGCGUGGCUGUCUUCUGAUUGCCGAGAUGAGUUCCCAAGGGUCACUUGCAACGGGUGAAUACACAAAAGCUGCAGUACAGAUGGCUGAUGACAACUCAGAUUUUGUUUUUGGAUUCAUAUCUGGAUCUAGAGUUAGUAAUAAACCGGAAUUUCUUCACUUAACUCCAGGGGUGCAGCUGCAAACUGGAGGUGAUAACCUUGGACAGAAGUACCUAAGCCCCAAGGAAGUUAUUGGUGAAAAAGGUUCAGAUAUCAUUAUUGUGGGACGUGGCAUCUUGUCAGCUUCAGACCGUCUUCAAGAGGCAGAGAAGUACAGGAAGGCAGCUUGGGAGAGCUACAUAAGCAGACUUGGUAUUCAUGCAGAAGAUUGAAAGCAGGCCACUUUCCUAGCCAAUAAGCAAAGCUGAUGGAGCCCCAAUCAUUGUAAGGCUUCCAGUUAAAUACAAAGACACUUCAGCUGGUAGAAAACUGCUCUUGUGGAGAAAAAUCUGUACUAACUAAAUUAUUUUUAAUCGCGCUCACACAGAUCGAGUUGCACAUGCCGUGGUUGGGUUUUUUAAUGCGUGAAACGAAAACUUCAUGCCCAGUUUUUAGCCUGAAUAGCUUUUCUCUGCUGAAAAAUGUUGCACGAAACACUCCAAGGGUGUCUGGUUGGCUGUUGUUGCUUUUGUUUCUUUUCUCCACCCUCAAAUUCUUUCUGUCUGUGGAAACAGUAUUUUACUGUUCUUAAUAAACUGCACCUGCAGAUCUGACCUGCUGCCCCACUCUCCCAGGAUUACUUGACUCUGCUAUUUCCAAGGAGCAAGUAUGGCUCUUAAUCCCACACUGUGAAAUUGAAUAAUGUGUUGUUUAAUAAAUACUCUUUUUUGCUACUGUUUUCCUUUCAUUUGAUCUAUAACUCUUCCUUCUGUGGGAGUGUGAAAUUCUGUCUUCAGGACCCCAGUAUUAUGAAAAGUCAUUCUGGUGUUUGUGACUGCAGGAAUUACUCAUGAUUCUGUUUACAGGAGCUGCAAAGAAUUUGUCAGAGCAACUGGUUGUUGCAUGCUUAAUUACAGUGGAGCUGUUGAUUCCUCUAAUGAGAAACAAAAAUGUACUUUCUGUUUAUUGACUUUUUAUGACUAGCUGGAAUAAUUCUAGGAAUUACUUUCCACUUUUCAUGAUGAGUAAGGAGAAGUAGAAAUAUCUUGUAUGACUGGUUUUGAGUAGAAAGGACGGAAUAACCUUAAAACUAUCUAGUGUAUGUGUGGUGGAAAUCACCUUGAAUUUUCAUUGCUAUCAAGAAGGCAAAGAUGGUGUUGUGGUUCCUGUGCUGAUGCAAAGCACACGGAGGAAGCUGGUUCCCUUUGUUAAUACAGUUACCUGUAGACUAGGAACAGCUCUAUCUAGCCUUGCUGUCUGGGUGUGUUGGGGGUGAUGGCUUUACCUUUUCACACUCCAGUCUUGGAAGUGUACUUCCACUCCCCUUGAUGACAGUACUGCUUAUGGGGCUUAGGAGUUGGUUAUUUGGGUGAGAAUAUUAGAACUUGUUGUAUGUGGUUUGUUUUCCAUGGGGCUACCGUUUACUUCAGCAGUCUUCCUAUGCAUCAUAAUUUACAUCUGGAGAACUCUAGCUAGGGAACAUUUAGGCUCUCUUAGCCACCUUUCACAGCUGGAACUUGAUGAGUGUGUUGUAUCUUGUGCAGCCAGCCUGCAACAGUCUGUGAGUCGUCAUACUGCACAUCAACUUCUAAGAAGUUCCAGUUCUUCAAAGUGAACGGAGGAUUUGGGAUUUGUUUACUGUGUCAUCUUAAUUAUCUCAUGGCCUUGAGGCCUGUAGCAGAAACAAGACUUUCUCACUUAAAAUGUUUUGCAGAAAACUGCUUUUUCCACCAGAGGGAGCUGAGACUCUAUUUUUCAGGAGAGUUGAUGUACUAGCUCUUUUACAGCUAAUAGUUUCCGAUGAUGAUACCAACUCUAGAUAUGUUUAGGAUGAAAAUCUGUCUGGUUUUCAGCAAGUUACACCCUUGCUGAUGCCCUCAUUUAAAACAGUAGAGUUUACCAGAAAACUGCCUCAG